AUGGACUCCGCAGCGCAGGCACGUUUUGAUCUUAUCCGCGAGAACCUCGCCGAGGUUCUGAACCCCGAGAUUCUCGAGGGUAUCCUGGCCGAGGGCCGCCAUCCCCGCAUCUACUGGGGAACGGCCACCACCGGCAGACCCCACGUCGGCUACUUCCUCGCUGCCCUCAAGAUCGCUCAAUUGCUUCGUGCCCAAUGCGACGUCGUCGUCCUGCUCGCCGACAUCCACGGUUUCCUCGACAACCUGAAGGCGCCUCUGGAGCUGGUGGACAACCGCGCCCAGUACUACCGCAAGGUCAUCACCGCCAUCCUUGAGUCCGUCGGCGUGUCGACCGAGAAGCUCGAGUUUGUGCUCGGCAGCUCCUACCAGAAGUCCCCCGAAUAUGUCAUGGACGUCUACCGCCUGUCGAGUUUGAUCUCCGAGUCAGAUGCCAAGAAGGCCGGUGCGGAGGUCGUCAAGCAGACCGACAAUGCCCCUCUGAGUGGUCUGCUCUACCCCGUGCUCCAGGUUCUGGAUGAGGAGCACCUGAAGGUGGAUUGCCAGCUGGGUGGUAUGGAUCAGCGCAAACUUUUCGCUGCUGCCGUGGAGUGGCUGCCCAAGCUUGGUUACCGCAAGCGCGCACAUCUCAUCAAUCCCAUGAUUAGCGGAUUGAAGGGUGCCAAGAUGAGUUCCAGUAUUGAAGACAGCAAGAUCGAUCUUCUCGACUCGGCCGACAGCAUCACCAAGAAGAUCAAGAAGGCCGAAUCCGCCCCCAAGGUCGUCGAAGGCAACGGUGUCAUCGCCCUCGUGGAGUACGUUCUCCUGCCCGCCGCCGACCUCAAGGGCAAGAAGGAGUUCCGCGUUGAGCGCAAGGACCAGGAGCCCCUGAUCUACACCGACAUUAAGCAGCUCGAGGAGGAUUACAAGAACGAUGUUUUGACGCCACAAAUGCUCAAGCCCGCCGUCGCGGACGGUCUCAUCAACCUCAUGGCUCCCAUCCAGGCGGCCUACCAAGCCUCCACCGAGUGGCAGGAGAUCACCGCCAAGGCCUACCCGCCUCCCGUAGUCGAGAAGAAGCAGAAGAAGGUCAAGAACAAGGGCACCCGCCACCCCGGUGCUGCCGCUGAGCCGGAGAAGCCGGCCACGGAGUAG